AUGCCUCCGCCACUGGGCGGCACUCCACCGGCGCCUCCUGCCAUCACACCGGACAGAAACGCACUCUUGGGAGACAUCAGAAAGGGUAAGGCGUUGAAGAAAGCGGUCACCAACGACAGGUCGGCUCCAAAAGUGGGUAACUCCUCAGGGUCUAGCAGCAACGCGGGGUCUAGCAUGCCAAUGGGCAUGGGGAUGCCUCCGUUCGGCAAUGCUCCUGCGUUGCCGAAAAGCAGCAACGGGAAUUCGUCGGGGGCACCAAUGGCCCCCUCUUCUGCUCCCCAAGUCCCUCAAUUGGGCGACAUCUUUGCCGCAGGCGUGCCGAAGUUGAAACACGUCUCCCAUCCGCCAAAGACAACCUCAUCGGGUCCAUCCGUGCCUACACAGAGACUGAAUAUACCUGCAAACCCACACAGGAGAACAGACUCAACGAGUUCUCUGGCGUCCGUUGUUUCGGGGAAGUCGAAGCCGAAAAUGCCCUCUAAAAGACCAACCAUCUCAUCUCCAACCUCUUCAUCUGCGGCGCCACGGGCGCCAGCCCCGUUCGGUGCUCCUGCGCUGCCAAAUGCUCCACCUCCAAUCCCAGGAGCUCCUCCUUCGCUUUCAAACAUGUCUGCUCCUCCUGCGCCACCUCCGCCGUCUGCUCCACCACCUCCAAGCUUUGGGGCUCCGCAAGCGCCAGCGCUUCCUAAAUCAGCUGCACCUCCGGCUCCUUCAGUACCUCCACCUCCACCGUCAUUUUCAUCACCAUCGCCGGGUUCUCCUCCGCCACCACCACCCGCUCCUCCUCCGCCACCUUCAUUUUCAUCACCAUCGUCAGGUCCUCCUCCUCCACCUGGCCCACCUCCUCCACCUUCCUUUGGAAGUGCUCCCACAGCAAAGAAGUCGUCCACACCUGCCCCUUCAGGCGGCGGAUUACCUUUUUUGGCUGAAAUCAACCAAAGGAGAAACGAGUCUUACGUUGUUGAUGACAAUGCGGUUGCCAAGAAGUCAUCUGCUCCUACCAGUGCACCUAUCGAGCAAGAAAGAAUAAUUGCAUCUGCUCCUGCUGCUCCAAGUGCUCUUGCUCCAAAUACUCCUACUCCAAGUGGGAAUCCACUGCUGGAUGAAAUGAUGCGGAGGACACACAAAUCAACAAUCAAUUCUUCGUCUUCUAACAGAUCCUCAUCCGCUUCAACUCCUCCUUCGGCACCAGCACCUCCUCGACUACAAGCACCAAGCAUCCCAAAAAUGCCUCCUCCUGUUGCUGCACCGUCUAUUCAGUCAUUCAAUGCUCCAAAGGCACCUGCUCUUCCCACAUCAGCUGCACCUCCGGCUCCGCCAGGACCCCCACCUCCACCAUCAUUCCAAUCAGCGUCAUCAUCUGGUCCACCUCCUCCACCUGGCCCACCUCCUCCACCUUCCUUUGGAAGUGCUCCCACAGCAAAGAAGUCGUCCACACCUGCUCCUUCAGGCGGUGGGUUACCUUUUUUGGCUGAAAUCAACCAAAGGAGAAACGAAUCUUACGUUGUGGACGAUAAUGCGGUUGCCAAGAAGUCAUCUGCUCCUACCAGCGCACCUGCAGAACAGGAUAUGGCAGCGGCAUCUGCUCCACCUGCACCUGCUGUGCCUAGUACCCCUGCUUUGAGUGGGAAUCCGUUAAUGGAUGAAAUUAUGAGAAAAGCUCACAAAUCGUCGCCGAGUUCUGCAUCUCGAAUCAGCACCCCGGCUCCUCCUUCUUUGCCUCCUACAACUCAUCCAAAUAUACAAGAAAACAUCCCACCUGCAUUUGCCAUGCCUGGAAUGGGUAUACCUCCAAAAGUAUCACCUUCUCCUCCACCGGCUCCUCCUCCUGCUCCCUCGCUACCACCCUCUGCUCCUCCUUCCUUACCAACUAUUUCCGCUCCACCAGUACCGCCAAAUCCACCUUCUAAUUUUCCAUAUAACGAUAGAAACUCGACACAAAAUGAUACAUCCGAUAAUUCUAGUAUAUUUUCGGAGUCUACAACCGCUACCUCAUCGUUCAGAAAAAAGCCACCACCUCGUCCUCCAUCCCAACCACCAUCAGUACAAAACGAUUAUACUUCUCCCUCCAAGUCGCAACCCCAAUUGUCGGUCGAUACCAAUUCAUUAAACCUUACCUCUGCUCCAACUGUUUCACCUAAAACCUCACGAUCGAAUUACCUCAGUGCGGUUGAAGAUAGCUCACUGUUCACAAACAUCAGAUCUAAAUUUGGAGGAGGCGUUUUCAAGCAUCACCAUCAAAAGUCGCCAGGAGGGGCACAAAGUAGCGAUCGAAUUGUUCAAACUCAGGUUGCAGGUAACGAAAUACGUAAAAUUGAUAUUUCUGCUUACACAAUCACAGGCUCGGCUGGAGGCACAGCAGCAUCAGCUAAUGGUAGCUCUGCAUCAAAUGGACAUCUUAGAAUGGAAAGUUCAAGGUUCAAAUUUUUAGAUCAAAAUGAAUUACCAAAACCACAUACGUUUGAAGGACGGAUUAAGUUGUAUCCUAGCGGACGAGGGAGCAGUGUUCCCUUGAACUUGAGUGGAUUUUAA